UCAACCAAAAUUAACCUACAGAUAAAAGAACAACAUGUGCUCAUUGUUGGUAAAAGUUAGGUGCCUGGGAAACUGAGAUGAACUGUGAGCCCUGUGGCUUUCGAUGGUAUUUCACUCCCACUUCUGUCAGGCACAAAGUCACAGCCCUGGAAGUGGCUGGCAAACAAGCGAGACACAGACGGAGCAAGAGAUGCACCGCCCAGCUAACGUUAGCAGGACAGACACACGAGAGAGGAGAGCACACCCGUUUACUUGGCGCAUUGUCACCACGGUGGCAUUUAUUGGCGUCAUGGUGUCUCCGCUGUUGGGAUGUACCACGACAUGUCAGAUGGGAAAUCAAAAUGAUUAUGCUGAGGGACACUGCCCUGUGAAACUGACCUCAGCCCUGUCCCAGGACCCUUGGGGGGGUUACUCAGAAUGUGUCACUGUCCGUGUUUGGAUGAAGGCUGACGACUUCCUUAAGGCCCCAGAGAUUAAAAUUCUCUCCCCAAUUACAGAGAUAAUUAGGCCUACCAUGAAAAAAAGGAAAAACAAAGAAAAGUGUGACAAUGUAAGAAAACUAGGUGAUACCAGAGUCAAGUGUUACAGGGGUGUCACACAGCUGUUGCCACAUAGCAAUACCAGUUUUGCUGUGUGGGAGCUGGUGCAUGAUUGUGUCAAGGCUGAAACAGAUAGUGUUGUUUCUGUGUCCUACAAGACCACAUCAACGAGCUGCAAUGUCAGUUACACAGUACCAGAUCCCAUACCGGACUUUGAUCUGUCUGUGAAUCAAUCGUCUAAAUCCAUCACUGUCAUUGUGGAGUCUGGAGACAAAGUCCAUGCCAGAUGGUGUUACCAACAAAAUGCAGUGGACUGCACUGGCGGGGCACUUUCCCCACCAAUUACUAUUGAUCCAUCUCAGUCUCGAUCAGCUCUUGUUAAAAUCCCUUACCUGCUGCCCUGUGUGUGCGUGGAGGUAUAUUACACCCAUACAGAUGCCCGGCGACAAAAAAAGUGCCCAUUUCAAAAGAAAAGCCUCGCAGAUGUCAGAGAUGUUUGGGCCUCCUCUAAAGUCACACUGUAUGAGUCAAUUUUCAAGUUGAGCUCUCAGUGUCCUGUCAGUGACCUGAAGAUCUCUGCGUCCCUCUGCUGGUGGCAACAAGAACACCUCUGCACACCUGUACUCAACUCCACACUGGAAGAGAAGGGAGGUGGACCAAACCUGAUAUAUAGCACAUCUGAAGUGGACAAACACCCUCAGAUGUGUGUGCAGUUUUCUCUACAAGGCAGCCAUCAUAUCUCUUGCCCCUUCCAGGCUGAUAUGUCAUCAUGGGAGGUGUAUAUUGGACCGGGCAGAAAAAGUGUGUUUUUGUAUCUCACCUCUUCUGUUCCAGCAAAGUUCUCCGCUCAACUCUGCGUCCUUAAUGAGAGGGGAUGUACACCCAUGGGGCAGGUCCACUCAGUAACAAUGGAUGGAAAUACUACUCAAUCGAGGAUAAAUGUGCCUCUUCACUUUCUUGCUGAGAAGCUGUGUGUGCAGGUGUGGCAGUCAAAUCCUGCUCUUCGUGGUAAAAGAAUUCUGUGCCCAGACUACACGCACAACAGAUGUGGUGUAUAUGCUGUGGCAGCUUUGAUAUUUGUGGUUAUUGUUUCAUUACUGGGAAUUUUCAUCCACCGUCUCACCAAGAGUGGAGCUGCAGGCUGGCUUUGUAUCCAGAAGCCAGUGUUGCUGGUGUGCUCAUCAGAGCAGUCAGCCCAUAUCUCUGCUGUGUGUGCUUUAGCCUCAAUCCUGCAGGGGGAGCUAAGUGCCAAAGUGAACAUGGCUUUGUGGGCCCAAAGCUCUCAAACAAAGGCCGGGGUCAGGAAUGGAGUGGCAGAUCUGGGUCCACUUCCCUGGCUGUACGGGCAGUGGGAAUCUGUGCGUAAGGCACAAGGGAAAGUACUGAUUAUCUGGAGUCCUGAAGCCAAGAAGACCUAUGAGAACUGGAGGGUGGAGAGGGAAAAUGUGGAUAAGAAUGUGAGAAAAACGGAAGAUUGCAGCAAAGCAAAGGUGAGACAUGAGACAAUAAGAGUAGAGGUGGAAGAGGAUUUGAAACAAAAUGAAAGAAGCCUGGCAAAAAGCAAAAAAGAGAAGGCUGCAGGAAAAAAAGAUUGUGUUAAAUUAUGUGAUGAUAAAGACUGGUACUCCCAGAACGAGCCCUCUGCUGUGAUAGCACCAGUGUUUACGGCUGCUCUGGCCUGCCUAGAGGGGGAGCUGCAGGGUUGCAAAGGUCAAGGAGUGGCCUUUGUCUAUUUCCAGGGCCUUUGCCACAGCAGGGACAUUCCGAAGGCCUUCAGAGGUGUCCCUCGGUACUGCUUACCACAGGAUUUCAGGGGUUUAAUACAGGAGCUGGGAGGGAUGAGAAGGCAGACAAAGGCCGGUAAAUUCAGGAGGCACUGCUGGCCCAGACUCCUGUCUAAAGUGCUGUCAAUAUGGCUGGCACGGCAGCUAGCCCAAAAACUACAAACACUGGUGCCUCAAAUGCAGGGAAAUAAAAUGCAAGGGCCGAGUGUCACUUCAUCACUGAAAAUGAUGUCAGAUAAGACACAGAGCAGGCUCAAGUUGCCACUGGCAGCCAACAGGGCAAGGCCAAGACCUGUACAAAAGCAUGAGCCUCUCCACGGGUCACUAUGGAGAGCAGAGAAGCUUUAAUCUCAGGUUUCACGUUUCUGAUGGGGACAGACUGGAAACAAAAUACGUACAUGAGACACGGGGCCUGAUGAUCCAUUGUGAGCACUUCGGAGCCAAUCACUCUGCAAGAACUAUACAUUACUUGGUGCUAUCAUAUCAAAAAUGCCACCACUUGUUUUGCAUAUUAAGAAGAGAAAUACUGUCCUGUCCCCUGCACUUAGCCUCUAACAGAGGCUCUUUAUGUUGCUCUCCUGACUGAAGCCAUAGUGAACACCUGCCUUAUCUCUCUAAAUAGGCUAACUGCUAUGAAAAACUGUUUGCAAAUUACACCUCACUUUCUUCAUGAGUGCAUUUAAUGUUUGAAAAUGUUGCGUGCACAGGUGAGAAACUGUAUGAAUGCUGUUUACAGGAACAUGCAAAUUUGCAUAGGAUUUCCUAAACAGAUGUUGUGCCAAAGCUGCCCCAGGAUUUUCAGUGUUAAUGCAACAGGUGCAAAGAGGAAAUUACUUGUGCUGAUGUGUGCUUGACUAUUUGGCAGUUAAUUAAUGUGGACAUGUGUUCAAGUGUUUUACAUAUUACAUAAACUGUCUGCAGCCCUAUUAUUAAAUAUUUGCACACAUGCUACCUACUAAAAAGUAUAAGUCAGUGUUUUAUUUAAUUUUAUUUACCGGCAUACUGCACUUUUUUUUUUAUUCAGUAAACAUUUAAUUGUCCGUUGAAGAAUUAUUUGUACAAUGUCUUAAGUGACUCCAUAAUUUGUUUUUCCUGUUUCAAGGAACAAUGUUGGGAUAUUAGCCUAACACUGUUGGCAUUAUACAAUUCUGUAUAGAAAAUAAUAAAUGCUUUUAAUAAAAAAGAUUCAUGUUUAUCUACAGAAAUGACUUGUGAUGACAAGAAAUGAGAGGCAAACCUGCUUUUUAUAUAACUGAAAUGUUUUUUUGUUUUUUUUCUUGUUAUGAGUCUCUAUUUUAUAAGCUUCAUGUGUUUCCUGAAACCUGUUUAUUCAAAUGAGUUAUGUGGAACAACUACAACAUUGACAAGACUCCACUACUGUGGAGCUGAGUGACAGGUCUGCUAGCCAGGAUUAAUGAGGAAGUAAAUCAUCACAGUAGAUAAAACACGGGAACUACCCAUUACUGCAAAAACAUCCAAGUUCAGCACGUAAAGGUUAAUCUCGUGUCAGGCGAGUAACUUACUACGUGGACACUGAACUAAGACAGAUUUUUCAUAACCUUUUAUUAGGCUGAUGUAAAUUCAAGGUGUAAAUCAUACAAAGUAUGAGUAAUAGUCAUAAAAUGGGGAAAAAAGGUUAUUUAUUCUGCCAAUACAGUAUCAAUUGACUUUUAAGUUUAUAUGAAAACAGGAUCCCCUACAAACUAGGUCAAUUUAGUCACAUGGCUUUAUUAUAAUAAAGAGCUGAAUGCAGA